AUGACGCAUAACCUUGUCCGCAAUUGCAACCAAAAAAUUCUCGCUGGUAUGGUUUUCAAGGUGAAGGGUAACAUGUAGAUGCCACAAACCUUGUCCGCAAUUGCAACCGAAGAUUUUUGGAUGAACCGAAAGACGAUCAGAUGAAGGCUUUCAGUUGUCCAGGCCAGGCCAGGUGACCAAUGACGAUGAUAGAUCGGGUUCGAUUCAAGCUAUACGCUUGGUGUAUUUGGUUAUCGUGACUGGCGACUUGAGUCUAACUCAUCUCAUGUCCAAAGCGCGGUGGCUGGGUCCCAGGCAUGCUUGCCACUUUGUUCUGCGGUCCUCAUCUAAGUUUCGACGGUGAUGACAUGGACUUAGGUUCAAAGUACGUGUUCCCCUUGAGUCAUUGUGGUUGAUUGAUGGGGGCAAUUAAUGGUUGCGUGUCGCUAGUCAUUCAAUUGGUCCCCUUGUUUUAGAGUGUUGGCGGGAUAAGUCUUACGACUGUUAACAAUAGUAAGCAAUAGCUGGCCAGCGAUCCCCUACCUGAUCUCGAGGGGGAUGGAAUGACUGGGGUUAGAGGCCUGUUGUUAACCUGCGGAAUUUCGUCGGACGAAAUGUCAGGCGUGUCCGUGUGGGACUUGUGCUAAACCAGUUUAGUACAUAUGACGAAGACAUUGGGUUCUUUGAAUAACAACAGUGUUCUCAACCUCCUUGUGCCUCACAAAGCUAACAUAUAUACCCGCUGAAAUCGACAAGACGGCGAUGAAGAAGGAGAGCCGGCCUCCAGCUCGAGAGCCGAGAAGACACUGGAUGGACCUGAAGAAUAUGUUGCUGCCAAUGUUGGAGCCAUACAGGGAAGCCCGAGCCAACAUUGUACAAGGGCCACAAGGUCCUCCAGGGCCUCAAGGACAAGGGACACAAGGACAAGGGACACAAGGACAAGGGACACAAGGACAAGGGACACAAGGACAAGGGACUCAAGGACAAGGGACUCAAAAGACGAUGUUGCAAUCUGUGGGCCCUCUGCAGAUUGAGAUGAUGGCUGUCGAGAAGACCCAACCACUCAACCAAGAUCUACAAUUCGUGCUAUGGUAGAUGUGACUCUCAAAAGAUUUUGGAUGACGAAGGAAUCCAAUACAUAUUAGUCGCUCACAGAUACGGGCAGACAACUGAGAGUCGAGUGGAUUCAGUGGAUCGAAUGGCUGUGCAGAGGGAUAGCCAUGUGCAGGAGUGACGAACCACAGCUCAGCAAACGAUGCCUUGACAGAACAAUUCAAGGAGAACCUUCGCUAAGAUCAGAAAGGGAACUUGUUUGCUGUGGGGAUGGAUUGGACACCGAAAUGUCUGUCAUUCUAAUAAACUAUAAUGACAAUCCAACUCCAAAGGGACUCUCUGGACUUAGGGAAAGCUACGGACAUAGAGCCCUGACAUGAUAUCCUGCAGCCACCAUGAGGACAGCCUAUCUCAUACCUUCGGAAGGGUGCCAUCACACGCAUGGAGAAGCAUCCGACAGGAGGAAGAAGGAUGUUGCUGACCAGCACAUCCCAACGAUGUAUUUUUGUCACCGUAGACCUAUUGUUUUUAUUGAAAUAUCUGAUUGAAAGGUGAUUUUAUUGAUAAAAAUCCUAAAAUUUUCUGAUGGGAGAAGGCAUAUAUUUACCUUCUUAGGGCAAUGACAAUAUGUUGUCAUGGUUUAAAAUAAUGCACGUAUAAAGAAGGAAUAACAUUUUAGAGGAGGGUUUCUUUGGUUACCAGGGGCACCAUGAUCCAAGAGAUCAACAAUUUUCUGGCAAAAUCUUUUGAAAGAAAGCGAAUUGUGGAGUGGGCGUUUAUGGAGAGCCAAUAGGGCAUGUCAGUACCCAAACAAAUAAGUCUUAAGCAAAAUUGAUUUUUAGCUUAUGAAGGCAGAAGCUAAUAGCCUAGGGCACAUCAGGACCCUACUGCUUGAAAUGGUUUUCUCCUGAAAUAAUCACCAACUUCAUCAGAUAUUUCAUUAUUAUAUCUCCAUCACUUGAGACAUGGGGUUCAUAUGAUUUCUUUCUUGCUUAAACCCCAGGCAAAAAAGGAACAUAUGUGUCUUCGAUGGAACGUAGGCCUUUUUUACUGUCUCUCAAUCUCCCCAGUACCACAGAAUCCACGGGCAUUGGUCUGAGCAGUUAAGCCGAGACCUUCUAACGUUGGCUGGCUCAGUUGCUUGGUAUCAUAUAAUACCAGAGACAACUGACCAACUACACAAAGAAGUUAAAGAAGUUGCGUUCCCUCAAUCACUUUUACCAAAUACCUGGGAACCAGGUAUUGAUGAAAAGACACAUUCAACUUAUAUAGUUGAAAACACUCUCAUUAUUUUAUUGAUAUUUGUGAGAAUAUCAAAAGAUUUCCUGAUGACAGAAUCGACUGCUUCGAGAUCUUGCGAGGGCAUAUUUAUCAUGCUCUGCAGAUUAUGAAGACGGUCUUUUGCCCCACUGAGAAUUGGAUUAGACAUGGUACUGAAUGGUUUGAGAAAAGUGUAAUUAAAACGUCAACUUUGUAAGACGUUUCGUUUUGUCCUGCAUGUAAUAAAUGUAGACCUUGUUAGUAAAAUAAAGAGAUCUUAGACUCCAACUUGCCAAAAAACUGGCAUACCCACUUCUGUCUAGUCUUGCCAUGUCGAAAGCUACGUCUUUUGUCAUGCAAAUAACAUGUCACCUCUCAACCUUUUGUGAUGCAAAGCGGCAGCCUCAAGGUGGAGUGGCCAUGAGAAAUGUGGUCCUUUUGUUAUUUAAAUUGGGCCCUUAAGCUGUUUAGUCAUGGUGUGGUGACAGCCUGACCUAUUGUUAGCUGAAAUGGCUCAACUGCAUUCACACACAAUAGGUUUAAUGCAUGCAUGAAUAGUAAAUGAACAUAUUAUUAGCAUGCAGAGUUGAAGUUGUGGAGUCUGACUAGUGUAAGAUCUCUAU